CUGCUUUCUGCUUCUCGCCUUGUGCCCCCACACCGUCUGCUGCGCUGCUCCCUGCUCUGUGCUGCUUGUCUGUUCUGCUCUCUGUUUCCUUUCCUGUGCCUCUGCCCCACCUGCUGCUCUGCUUUCUGCUCCCUGCCCUGUACCCCCUGCCCAAUCUGCCGGGCUCUCUGCUCCCUACCCUGUGUGCCUCCUGCCUGCUCUGCUUUCUGCUCCCUGCGCUAUGCCCCCGGCCUGCUGCUCCGCUUUCUGCUCUCUGCCCGGUGUGCUGCCUGCCUGCCUCAUUUGCAGCUCUGCUUUCUGCUCCCUGCCUAAUCUUGUGUUUCCUGGUAACUUUGUUGUCGCCUCUCCCAUCAGCCGAAUGUGCAGGACUCCUUUUCUCUUUCACAAGCGGCAAAUUACUAGCAAGCUUAGAGUGACCCGGUUUCAAAUCCUGAACUUUGCUGUGAGAGGAAAAGCUGUGGGGACAGCAGUCUGAGUGAUAGUCGAGGAGUCAGCUCUUCUCUCGGCUUUUCUCAGCAUUUACUUCUUUUCUGUGGGUUACUGGUUCCUUUCUCCCCUCCCCCUGCCUCUCUCUCUCUCUCUCCUGUUGGAGAUGGCACUGGGAGUCUUCCUUCUUUUAGGGCUCCAGGGCUGAUGACCUGAGAAGCGUUGUUUCAGAAGAGGAGAGGAGUGAGUUUCCUUUGCAGGCCUGGUGGUGCACAAAAGAACCGUGGGCCACGCAGAACCACCGCUGUGCCAAGCUGCCCAGUGAUGCUUUGAGUGGGGCACUGCUUUGUUGGCUCAUGGAUGUUGCUGAUCUCUGCAUUACCUUGCAGAGCUGAGCUGGUGGAGCAGUGGGGAAGAGCCACCUUCCCUGCCAGGAGCUCCCUCUUUCCUCCAUUGCCCUCUGCAGUUAAUUUGCUGAAGCUGCUCUGCCAGCAAGUCCACCCCACUCCUAACCCAAGGGCAGGAGUCUGGAGAGGCUAGGUGUUCCCUUGCAAGGGACUCUUUCCUUCUCUUUGCUUAGGAUGCAUUCGGUAGAGAUUGACCUUCCAUUUUGUGUGGUGUUACCUGGCUUGUGCUCCAUGAGAUGCCAGGAGAUGGCUCUGCAGGUGAACAGUCCUCCUCUGCUUUUUGCUCCACCCAUCAUCCAAGUGGAGCUGUGCAAUUUGUGGGGUGGAGAGAAUAAGUGGCCUCCAACUCAUCACAGAUGUAAUUGUGUAGCUUAUUGCCCAGUGAUCUUACUGCCUUUGCAAAGCCCUGUUCUCUCUCUCUCUGAUGUGAGCCUUUCAGUUCAGAAAUCCUGCUGCUUAUAGGAAAAAGCCUCUGAGAGGGACUUUGUUAAGAAGGAAAGCUCAGAGGCCCAAUAUCUUGCCUGCAGGACUGGUUUGUAGUGGAGUCAGUUAACUCUGAGACCCCUGCUCAGAGAAGUUGAGUCUCUUUUCUCAUUCCCCAUGAGCACUAAAGCCUUUCAAGUGAGCAUUUCUCCAUACCUGGAAGCUCCUGUUUUUUUGGAGUUUAUGGUCUUUAUUCUUGUUCUUUUCAAAGUCAUUGAGAGCAUCUGGGAGGCAGGAGAGGAACUGAAUUGGCAGGUAAGUCUUGAAGGAAGGCAGUGGUCUGUUGAUAUUCUCAAGGCUCUCGGGGAGUGAAACUCGAGUGGCACCUGGGUGGGGAGCCUCUUCCUUCUCUGGGGAGCAGCAGCAUAAGAGCCUGGUCAGAAACCUGCAUUGUCAUUCCCUCCUCACCCACACACACACUUCACUCCAGAGCCAAAGGCCGUCCUUCCUUCACUCUUCUGGGCCAGCAGUGCAGCAUCAGAUGCCAGUAGCUUCUAAUGCUCUGUUGCAUUUGCUCUGGCAGAAAAGAGAAAAUGGGUCUCAUAAAUUAUGAGGGUAGUAUGACGGUUUGCUAAAAUGGAUUGAAGCAGAUUGAGACAGUCCUUCCCUCCGUAGGUGGAAUUUCAACAUAUUCAGGUUCAUGAUAAGUGGUUCCCACAGUACAUACUUACCUCCGUGUGGGACAAGAACAAGGUACCUUCUGUCUUGCUGUCAGACUUCCUGAUUUGCACAGGCACUUUUGUGUGGACGAUUUUAUCUUGGAGAAGGUGAGGCUGCUGUGGCGAUUCAGUUGAUGUGGACGCCUGAUGAAGGGUGACAUUUUACUCUAAUGCACACAUGCAGUUUGGUAGAGGUGGAGCUGGAUCUGCCUCUGGGUCCCAUGUCGGUCACUGCAAGCAUACGUACUCUACUGAGGAGUUGUAUAGCGAGUGUACAAGAGGCUGAGCACACGCAUGUGCACACACUUUUGUAGUUUCACAGUUUACUUGCCCUUCUAUUUAUUUUUCUGCAUGAGAAAAUUCUACGUUUAAAAUAGUUGUUAAAGCUGGGCAGCUUCUCUCACAAGUCAGGAAAUGAAUUUAAGCUUAAGCAACUCACCUCAACUCUACUUCCUUUUGCCAUUUGUAUCGUAGCAUGGUCAUUUAUUUUUCUGAUAAUACAAUCUAAAUUCUCAGCUUGGUUAGCUAACCUGUAACAUCAUCAAAGAAAAUCCUCAUUCCAGUAGUUCUAGUUUCAUGCAUUCCAGUAGUUCUUUAUUUUUAUCUUCACAUCACUCUGGAAAUGCAUCUAAAUCUAAUAGAUGCUCAUUUUCACAAUUUUUUUUCUAGUCUAAAUUGGUUCUUUUCUUUGUGCUGCAGGGCCAAUGUGAGAUCACAGGAAGUCUUCAGUUGCAGCCUUAGCUGUCGUUGUUGCAAAUUACAUAUUAGCUGAAUGCAUAAUGUUCUGAAAAAAACGUGUCUUUUACUUUGUUUGAGAAAUGUGUGGUUGUGUAAUGGGAGGGCACUGUUAAAUGUUUAGCCUCUUAUUUGUAUUUCCUCAUUGCUGUGCAAUCCUGGAAGAAGAGUAUGUGGAGUGCGUCAAGCAUACAGGUGGAGGCAGGUGUCAUGUCCUCACUGAGUUAAGUUGCACCAGGAGUAGAAAUGCAUUCCGGCCACACAGAUGAAAAUGUACCUGAUCCCAAGAAAGUUAUACAGUUGAUCAAAAAGCAAUUGGUGAAUUCCAUCAAGGCACUGCAGAAGCAGUUUGUAACCUCUGAUGCCAUCGUAACCAGUGACGAUGGAGAUGCGAAUACCCUUUGCUGCGCCCUAGAGGCUGUUUUUGUGCAUGGGCUGAAAGCAAAGUACAUAAAAGCCGAAGCUGUAGGGAAAGGGAAGAAAUUAGGCGGGCGUGCGCCUCUUCCCCAGCCUGUCUUCUGGGGCCUGCUGAAGAGCAUCACACACCGAAAUAUAAUUUCAGAGCUGGAGCAUUUACAUUUUAUCAACACUGAUGUUGGCCGCUGCCGGGCUUGGCUAAGGCUCGCAUUGAAUGAUGGCCUCAUGGAGUGUUACAUGAAGUUACUGCUAAAUGAAAAGUCCAGACUGCCUGAAUAUUAUCAGUCAACAGCCCUGCUACUGGAUGCAGAGGAAUGUGAAUUUCUCCUUAGCUAUUUGCAGGGAUUGACAUCAUUGACCUUCGACCUGUCCUAUAAAUCAGCAGUUUUAAAUGAGUGGACUGUAACGCCCUUGUCUUUGUCUGGUCUUUGUCCUGUUUCGGAGCUUCCAGAGCCACUCACAUCCUCCAGUUCUGAACCCCGGAGGAGAGUGUCACUGGGCUCGAUCUCUCAGUCUUCAGGAUCUGAUGAAGUUCAACCCCCAAUACUGCCCAUCAGUAAAAAUGGAAACAAAAGCAAACUUACGUUCUCCACACUGAGCCUUAACACAACAGGUUCAUCCCAGCUUUCCUCCAGCGUUGGCUCAGACAGCCUCUUUCAGGGUAAUUGUCCUAGAAGCCCCGAGAGAUGUGAGGAGCCUCUAUCAUGUGACUCUGAUUUAGGUACAGCGAAUGCUGAGGAUUUGGACAGAUCUCUGCAAGAGGUAUUGUCAGAAUUCAGCAAAGCCCAGCAAAACUCAGAACCUGCUGGAAGACUGCUAAUUCUGAACCCGUCGGAGUCUUCCCUGUCACAGACCACCUGUCCUCCUCCCGUCUCUGAUACUACUCGCUUGCAUUUUAAUACAACAUCUGAGAACUCUGCAUAUUCAGAAUCACUUCCUAUCACAGAUAACCCGCAACCUACACGUACAACCAUUUCAACAAAAAACAGCAGGAUACCAGCUCCUGUCUCAGAUGUUGCAGGAAUCCAAUUAUUGCCUCAGCCAGUCAUAACACGCACUGAUGUAGCAGACGCUGAUUCAUCUAAACAGCUUUGCAUUGUCAAUGGAGAAGAUAAAGAUGAAACCAGUGAGAUGAAUGAGCAGAAGGAAACCCAAGAGGACCGUAGCCCGGUGACAGGAUUCCUUUCACCAACAACACCUGGUUCAAAAAGAAAGAGUUGGAUCUCAGAAGAUGAUUUCUACAGACCUUCUGUAGAGGAGAGCAGUAAAGGCUCAACUCAUGCCAACGGACCUUCGCUGGAGGGCAAUGGGCAAGGCUGGUCCACAAAACUGAUCAGUGCACUUGAUUUGGAGGGGCCCCGCCUGCCCGCUUCAGAGACCAGGAAGCCCAAAGCAUCUCCUGACCAGGAACAAAAGGGCUUCAGUGUUGUGCAUCGUAGGCAAAUAGGCCUUCCUAAUCCAUUCCGUGGUCUCCUGAAACUGGGCAACCUGGAGAGGAGAGGAGCAAUGGGUAUCUGGAAAGAGUUGUUCUGUGAGUUAUCACCACUGGAACUCCGCCUCUUUGUGGACCAUGAAGAACGGGUUUGCAUUGAGAAUUGUUCCCUGCUGCGGUGCGAGUCGCUGGGUAUGGCUCACAGUGAUGGGCGCUUUGAGCUGGUUUUCUCGGGUAAGAAGUUAUGCUUGCGAGCUCCUUCCCGAGAUGAAGCUGAGGACUGGCUAGACAGGAUACAUGAGGCACUGCAGAAAUGCAGGCCUCAGCAGGAGGAAGACUGGGAGACCCUUGAGUAUCGAGAAGACACCCUUGAAGGACAAACAGAACUCAGUGACUCAGCGGCACUUCUCCAGUACAAUGACAAGUCUAGAGAUGUCCUUGACUGGACAUCCUUUAAGCCACCAGAAUUAGAUGCAGUUAAAGAAUCAGUUCUUUAUUUGGAGGUAGAUAAAACUUGGGUUCCUUUUAUUUUUUCCUUAUCAUUAGAAGCUUUAAAAUGCUUUAGAGUGAGAAACGAUGAAAAAACUUUAAGCAACAGCUAUGGAAUAGAAACCAUCCAGGAUAUUCUUCCUGAUACAAGUCUUGGUGGGCCUGCGUUUUUCAAGGUUAUAACCUCAAAAGCCAUCUUAAAGCUACAAGCAGAGAAUGCUGAAGAGGCUGCACUAUGGAGGGGGCUUGUUCGUAGAGUACUAACUUCAUACCUAGAAACUGCAGAGGAAGCACUGACACUUGGUGGCAAUUUAGAUGGAAAUUCCCAGGUAGUCCUGAAAAAUAUCGUAAAGGAAAAUGGCUUUCUGUUACAAUACUUGGUGGCCAUCCCCAUGGAGAAAGGCCUGGAUUCCCAGAGCUUCAUAUGUGCAGGCUGCUCCAGACAGAUUGGAUUUUCUUUUGUGAAACCCAAACUCUGUGCAUACUCUGGCCUCUAUUACUGUGAUGGCUGCCACCAGGAUGACGAGUCCGUGAUUCCAUCACGUCUUAUCCACAACUGGGACUUGACUAAGCGAGCAGUUUGUCGGCAAGCUUUAAAAUUCCUGAAUCAGAUCCGUAAUCAGCCACUGAUUGACUUGAAGCUGGUGAAUGAAAGUCUGUAUGACCAUGUGGAAAAAAUGAACCGAAUCUGCAGGAGCAGGGAGCAACUGAAACUGCUUGGAGAUUACCUAAUAAUGUGUCGCAGCGGAGCCCUAAAGGAGCUGAGCAAACGGCUUGACCAUAGGCAUUACCUCCUGGAAUGCCCCCAUAAAUACAGCGUUACUGAUCUGAGACAGAUUGCAGACGGUAUCUUUGAAGUUUUUCUGCAAUCACUGAUCCAGUUUGCUUCCCACCAUGUUUAUAACUGUGACCUCUGCACCCAGAGAGGCUUCAUCUGUCAGAUUUGCAAUCGCAAUGACAUCGUUUUUCCCUUUGAGUUUGACACAACCACCAGGUGCAAAGAAUGCAAAACCGUCUUCCAUAGUUGCUGCCAGUCUCGUGUGAAGUCCUGCCCCCGCUGCGAACGCCGGCAAAAAUACCAGCAAAAGCUGCAAGCGGGUGUCAUUGUGGAACCAAAUGCGUAGCAAACAGCUCCUCACAGACCAACUGUCACAUGUGACUUUCCUCAUCUUCCAACUGGAGUGACUUGGACAUGGCAUGAAGGGGAAAAAGGGAUCACACGCCACAUGCCAUUCAAUCCAAGCAAAUACAUCCCUAAUACUGCUUGGAGCAGCUCCUGUAUGCAGGCGUUACCAGAGUAGGAGUCAUCCUAAGCCGGGCGAGCCUCUUCCCAGACAAGCAGAAGCUGCUGAGGAGAUAGAGCCAGUGCUGUGGAAACCUGCUGGAAAUAAAUCAGUGACUCACAAACUAAUACUUUUUCUGUUCACACUAACCAGGUUCUGCUGCAUUUUCGGGCCAAAUGUCCAUCUCUCAAAGAAGUUUGUUCUCUUUAUUUAGUUUUGCUGGCUGUCCUCUUGGAGGAAGUGCUGCCAGCUUGCGAUGGAAAUUUGAGAGAUUUCCUGCCUGUAAAUAUCACAGGGUUUCCAAUCAAACAUCUGUAUAACAGAAAUGUAUAAAAGUUUCUAGUUUUUUAGGGUAUUUGCAAUACUGUAAAACAAUUUUUUUUUUUUUUUUUGUAUAUGUGAUUUUUUGCAUAGGAGAAGCAUCUCGCCUGCUUGGGGGAAAUCAACAGAAUGGCAGUGCGAAUCCAGAUGGCGAGGAGGACUUUAGAAAAUGAAGCUGAAAUGAAGUCUUGUGCCUUCAGCACUUUGUAUGCAGCAGCUGAUUUAUGCUGCCAUUUUCAUGCCAUGUGCCAACAGAACAGCAUAUAUUGCAUAAUAGAAAUGCACCCCUAAAUCCUGCUGCCUGCUCAGAGGGGACAUUCCUUUCUCACCUGCCAGAAGACACCUCAGGUUCUUUCACUUGUAGAAUCCACCAAAUACAGUGGCCUUUAAAUCCAAACCAAACAAAUUCCCUCCUUGGCUAUUAUUUUUUUAAUCCUUGGCCAGUUCUAAGGCCAUUGAGAGAUUUUUAUUUUCCUUUCGCUUUAUUGUUUCAUUCUAAUAUGGAUAUUGUCAAAGUCUACUUAACAGUGACUAAAGCUGUUGUUUGAGUUUGCUCCUCCCUGCUGUGGGUUAUGGAAAAGACUGCCUACUGUAUAGGGAGCGCAUCAGAGCUGUUCGAUCUCUCUGCUGGCCCAUCUACUGAGACCAGAACAAACAGAAGAACUGGCCCACAGAAUAGCAUUAUCUUAUGAUGUGAUGUAGCUCUUCUUCACCUCUGUUUUAAUUAUAGAUGAAAAGAUCUUACUUUUAUUAAGGGCUUACUUGAUUUUAGCAGACUUUAUAGGGACAGGCAAGGUAAAAUGAGAGUGUGCAUCAGGUUUGCUCCAUAGAGAUCUUGCAUUUGUCCUCAGGCUUUUAACUGCAAAGCCACCGUCUGGCUUCUGCUUUGCCCCUCUCCCAGCCAGCCCUUCCUCUCCUUCCCCUUUAUCACAGAGGCACUGUUUGCACUGGAGUAUGCUGUCUUCUUUCACUUCCAUUCCACCAAAGCUCACUUUCCAGAUAGUCUCUUCUGCCCUCCCCCUCCCUGGCUCUUGUCAAAAUUGAGACCUGCUUAUCUCUUAUCCUCACCUCUUCCUCUCUUCUGUAUCUCCACGGACAGCUCUACACUCCUUCCUGUCUCCCAGGCACCCAGUCUCAGUCUCCCCCCUUCCCUGCAGUCCCUGUCAUCUCUCACCAUAGUGCCAGUGCUGCUCAGCUCUCUCACUUUCCAUCCACCCACUCCCUCCUGCUAAUGGCCUCCCCACACCCCAUUGUGUCAUCCCCCCACCCCACCCCACCCCCACUGGCUUCUCUCCUUUGACAUCACAGCCAAAUCCUUAUUCUUGGGAAUGAGGCCUCUUAUCUAAUCUUGCCCCUGCUGUUUCUGCUUUUAUUUCUCCUUCUUAUUCUCACUCGUCUCUCUUCUUUGUUAUCCCUUCUUCUCCAUUUAGCUGUGUGUGUCUUCAUCUCACAAGCAUCUUUGUUCCCUUCCCUCACCCCCCUCAGGUCCCUCUGCAUUAGCAACCCGCACACUCGCCCUCCCUCCCUCCUUCCAUGUCUUGCCAGGCUUUAGUCUGUUUUGUCUGAUCCAGAUUGUGAACCCUCUGGGGCAGGGAACAGAUCUCAUCUGGGUGUGGGAAGCAUUACGGGAUUGACUGCACUAUGUACACAAAUGUUUUAUAAUAAUAUUAAAAAAAAUUAUGUCUGUUGUA